CCGGCGGUUCCCACGUCUAAUGACAUGUUAGACAUUGUCCUAAACAGGACUCAAAGAAAGACGCCGACGGUUAUCCGUCCAGGUUUUAAGAUCCAGCGUAUCCGUGCCUUCUACAUGCGCAAGGUCAAAUUUACGGCUGAAGGGUUCACAGAGAAGUUUGAGGAUGUCCUGAAAGGAUUUCCAAACAUCAAUGACGUCCAUCCUUUUCACAGAGACUUGAUGGAUACGUUGUACGAAAAAAAUCACUACAAGAUCUCUCUCGCUGCUGUUUCUCGUGCAAAGACGCUGAUCGAGCAGGUUUCCAGAGACUACGUGCGACUGUUGAAGUUUGGCCAGUCUCUUUUUCAGUGUAAGCAGCUCAAGCGUGCUGCUUUGGGACGGAUGGCAACGAUUGUCAAGAAACUCAAAGAUCCGUUCGCGUAUCUUGAGCAAGUGAGACAGCAUUUAGGUCGUCUGCCGUCGAUCGACCCAAACACCAGAACAUUGCUUAUAUGUGGAUACCCCAACGUUGGUAAAUCCAGUUUCCUCAAAUGUAUCACCAAGGCCGACGUCGAGGUCCAGCCGUACGCCUUUACAACCAAGUCACUGUACGUGGGCCAUUUCGACUACAAGUAUCUACGAUUCCAGGCUAUCGACACCCCGGGUAUUCUGGACCGUCCGACAGAGGAGAUGAACAACAUUGAGAUGCAGAGUAUCUACGCCAUUGCGCACUUGAGAUCGUGUGUCUUGUACUUUAUGGACCUGUCUGAACAGUGUGGUUUCAGCAUUGAGGCCCAAGUCAAACUAUUCCACUCGAUCAAGCCUCUUUUUGCUAACAAGUCUGUGCUGGUUGUUGUGAACAAAACCGAUAUUAUUCGCAUUGAGGACCUCGAGGAGAACCAGGCGCAGCUGGUGAAGAGCGUGAUGGACGUUCCGGGUGUCGAGCUGAUGCAGACGUCUUGCUACCAGGAGGAAAACGUGAUGGAGGUGAGAAACAAGGCCUGCGAGAAGCUGCUCACGUCAAGAAUUGAGCAGAAGCUCAAGGGCACUGCUAGAGUGACAAACGUACUCAACAAAAUCCACGUUGCAAGACCGCAGGCCAGAGACGACGUCGAGCGCGUGCCAUUCAUCCCGGAGGAAGCCAAAAAGCUCGACCGCUACGAUCCACUGGAUCCAAACAGACGGAAGCUGGCACGUGACAUCGAGGCCGAAAACGGCGGUCCUGGUGUGUUCAACAUCAACCUGAAGGAGAAGUAUCUCUUGGAGGACGAGGAGUGGAAAAACGACGUGAUGCCGGAGAUUCUCGACGGUCGCAACGUGUACGACUUCCUGGACCCGGAGAUCAGUGCUAAGCUGCAGGCUCUGGAGGAGGAAGAGGAGAGACUGGAGAAGGAAGGAUUUUACGACUCUGAUGAGGAGAUCGAGGACGACGAGGUGGCCGAGCUGCGGGAGAAGGCCGAGUGGAUCAGAAAUAAGCAGAAGCAAAUGAUCCAGGCUGCUCGGUCGCGCAAGGCGCUCAACAACAAGUCGAUCAUGCCGCGGAGCAAGAUUACCAAGAGCUACUCCGAGCUGGAGAAUCACAUGUAUCACGUGGGCCACGACGUGAGCAAGCUGAGAGAGAAGCGCGAGAAGGCCGGCGGAGCCAGAGAGCUGACCGGCUCAGACUAUGUGCGUGCGCUGGAUGAGGACAGAAAGGCUCCUACUCCUGCCAACCAGAGUGACAGGCUCAACAGCGGGCUGAGCGACGGGGCUCUGCGCAGCAAGGCAGAGAGAAUGGCGAAGGCAGAGAGAAGAGAGAGAAACAGGCAGGCACGGGCCGGAGAGGCCGACCGCAGAGAGGUGGCCAUGAUGCCUAAGCACCUGAUGAGCGGAAAGAGAGGAGUGGGAAAGACCGACAGAAGAUGAGCGCAUAAUAUCGACAAUACAUGCCACUACAGUUAUCUAGUAACUAAUCCAGUACUUGCAGUACUUUCAUUAAUUUUCCAUUGCCCCUCCUGACCUAUAUUUGCGUGCCUAUUCCAUUACAAACUGCAUCUUCCAUAGCUCUCUGCCACCAUUGAUCCGAUCGCGGAACUCUCUAAAUUCGUUUCUCUCGUUCACGAGCUCGUCUGCCGGCUUGCUGCGACGUCUCAGCUCCUCCGUCGUGAGCAGCUCGCUCAAAGAGCCCGGCACAAAAUCCUCCAGACUGUCCAUAUUGUCGUCCGACUCAACUGCGGUAUCGUCCACUGUGGUGAGCGAUGCGUACAGUGCAGGACCUAGUCCUUUUGGCGAGCCGGCCGUGGAACAAGACCAUAUUGAUUGCGUGAACGGCGAGUCAGGCAGACUUAGCCGUGGCCGGCUCCACUCGCUCGUCUCGCUGGACGUGCUGGACGCAGACGUUCUAGGCCGGGUCGGCUUCGUGCUUUUGGAGUUCACGCGGCGACCGUCCGGCAGCACGUGUGCCAGCGCACACUUGGCACCAAACCGACAGUUGCCCUUCUGGAAGUACUUACAAGCGUUAGUUUCGCUUGCCGACUCCGUAGAGUGCGAAAAUGGGCAGGAGUUGCCAGCCUGACAGGCUCCCUGCUUGAAAAACUUGCAAGGUACGUGGGAUAAAUCUAUACUAUUAGCAGGCUGCAUGUCCGCUCAUACUCACUCUUGUUAGGAGGGCUCUUGUUGAUCUCCACCAUCAGGACGGAUUGUUUUUUAAGAUAGAUUGAGAUAAGAGUAAUUUUUGGCAGAAAAAUCUGUCACCUAGAUAAGUGAAACGGUGUGUAUUUUUAAUUGUCAGAGAGCCCAUAUCACGUGCGCAGAAGCACGCAUACAAAACAGCCAGAGAGACGCACACCUCUAGCCACAGCCACAAGUGGUGGACCCGUGGGCCAAGAGCCAUAGAUAUGCAUAUUAUGUGUGGACGAUGACAUAAUGACUGCGCGUGCCGAUGUAAUUUGACAGAGAAUUAGGCUGCUUACAUAGACGCGACGUUUAUGCACGCUCACUCAUUAUAGUGGUACACCAGGUAGUUUGGCAGCCCAAACACCUCGUAACCAAGACGUUUGGCCAUCUUGGCAAACCCUUCUGUCUCUAUAAGGUGGUAGAACGGGAAGCUAGGAAACAUCGCGCCGUCUCUAUGAACAUCGGCCUUCACAAGCAGACACGUUCCUCCCACGCCGUCCAGCUGCAUUUCUGUGUUCGAGUCUCCGUUCGGGUCGUAAAAAUGUCCCAUCAGCGGCCUGUACGUGGCCAUCUCCGCGUACGCCUCCACUAUGAUCUCGUCGUCGCUCAUUGUCGAGGCGAUCCUCAGUCCCUCCUCGCUCUCGACCCAGUUGUUGAAAUCGUACGGCCUGAUCGCAUCCUGCUUCUUUUCCUCAUCGUAGUACCGCUGGUAGCAAUUUGCAGCAAUCACCGGCUUAUCGUGCGACGCCAGGUCCUGGAUCAGCGUUGGCGGCGUUUCCACGAUAUCGCCGUCUAGCCACAGCACCCACGACGUGUAAGGUCCAAUUGUAGUGAACAGCAGCGAGUUCCGCGCAACGGCCAUCUGUGAGCGUCUUUGUUUUUGAACUUUGAACGCGUGUCUGUCCUUCUCUGAUUGCGACUCCAGGGCCUCUGUGUCUUGACGCAAAAUGGUCACCUUCGCAAACUUGGCAUCCUUGGUGUUCUUAGGGUUCUGUAUCUUCUUGACGGCCGUCUCCAACUUGCGCAGCGCCGCGUCUCCGUCCGCCGUUCUGGGCACAAUGAAUCCAAGUUCAAUGAGCUCUCUAGGGUACGUCAGCUUCAGUAAAUUAUCCCAGUACUGGUCCAAGAACUUUGCCAUAGGCGUCAAAAUCAGCACCCGUUCUUUGUUGUAUGCUGCCAUCGGAGUAGAAGCCAGCUUGUUGAGAUCAUAGUGGGAGAUGUGGUCGGCCGGCAAGUUGCGAGGAAUCAUGUCGUUCUUCUUGAUUUUUUUGUAUUUGUAGGGACUAUUAGGCUUUGUUUCAUGGCUGGAGCCAAGUACCAGCCAGAGAAAGCCGAUCAGCGCCAGCAACGGCACCACCAACCGCAACGGUUUAUGUACAAACAUGACAACAAGAAGUAUAGAAAAAAAACUUGGACUCGAGGUGUACGGAUUUUCGGAGAGGGAAAGAAUCUGCGGUCGACGAGUGGAGAACGUGGGUCGAUGGGUCGGCCCGCUUACCACCACUUGCCACUGCAGGUAUGCGGCCCCCUCUUCCCCUCUCUGGCUUUCCGGAGGUAGCCUAUAAGAUAGCAGAGUCGUGAAAACGGCAGGACAUGUAGUUUCCCAGCACGGUGGACAACACCACUUUCGCAUCAACGGAGGUUGGGC